GACGAUUUUCCACCCGGCAGCAGACUGUCAUUUCGUAAUGGGAUGGUGUCCGAUAAGUCCUAGUCUCAUCAAAUAAACCUUAAUCAAAUUGGUUAACUAUACAAUGACCGCGAAAACAUUUUUAAAAUCUCUUCAAGUCGCUGCAAUUGCAGGUGUGUCAUACUACGCGGGAACUGUCAUUGAAAGAAAACAAAUUCUGCAAGAGAUCCACCAUAAUGACAAGACAGGGUCAUUGCACGGAAUCAGUGAAAAGCUUACAGCAAAGCCAUGCUUGCCAAUCUUCGGAACUAUAUCAGCUGCAACACUAGUUCCCGCCGACAACACAUCCCAGCCCGCGCUAGAGUACCGGAAACUAAGUCGAAUUUCCGAAAUUAUGAAAUACGGAUACCCUGGAAUGGAUCAAAUCCUCUCAUAUUCCGACUUUGUCGUCUCUUACGACCGGCGGAACCGCGUCCCACACUGGGUCUUCGAGCAUAUCACACCGGAAAGUGUUCGCAGCAACAACAAUGUCGAUCGUUCGAAAUGCAACUUCACCCCCGAUCCCAACGUCCAUCCAUUCUUCAGAGCUGAUAACUCGGACUAUAAACGUUCAGGCUUUGACCGCGGUCAUAUGGCUGCCGCUGGGAAUCACCGAAUUGAACAGAAACAUUGCGACGAAACAUUCUAUCUGAGCAACAUGGCUCCACAGGUGGGCGAAGGAUUCAACCGGGACUCUUGGAAUCGACUGGAGCGUUACGUAAGAAAGCUGACCAAGGAUCAUCCAAAUGUUUAUAUUUGCACGGGACCACUCUACCUGCCGCGCAAAGAGGAUGACGGCAAAAUGUAUAUAAAGUACCAGGUGCUUGGCGCUAAUACGGUGGCUGUCCCCACGCAUUUUUUCAAAGUUAUUGUGGCUGAGACGCCAGAUAAGCAGCUCAAGAUGGAAGCGUAUGUGAUGCCCAACCAAAAAAUUGCCGAUGAAACGCCACUGCAGGUGUUCCAGGUCCGCCCUGAGGUCAUAGAAAGGGCUGCAGGACUGUUAUUUUUUACAAAUAUCCAAAGGACUAAACUGGCGUCGAUUAAUGGAAAGAAAGUGUAGCACAAACAAAUUUAGAUAAGGGAAUAGUGCAAUUGUAUUAUAUUUAUUGAAUUUGUUUAUUUUGAAUAAACCUUUUAACAAUUUUA